AUUCGGUGUUUUGGAUUUGGCUAGUGCAGAUGCCGCGUGAAUGCCAUCGUCGGCCAGUUUCGUCUUGGAAAGUUAACUACUAAAGGAGCGCCACCACAAUGCAGAACUCCCCGGCUCCGUGUGCCUGGUAUUUGCCCUGGUCCCUGGCCGCCCAGCAGCAGCACCAGCAGAAGAUGCUGCAGAUGCAGUCGCCGUUUCUGGACAAGAUGGGGGCCGCCUCGGUGGGCGGGAUCUUUGCAGCCCAGCCGCAGAUGCAGCAGCAACUGUCGCCCAACACGGCGGCAGCUCCUCCGGCGAACUACCAGCAGCCGGCUCUGCAUCCGAGUGCCGCCCCAGGAGCCCACUUCCACAUGGGAUCGCCGUACAACCACCUGGCCCCCCAGCUCCUGAAUGCCGGGCAGCUGAACCAGAGUGCUCUGGCCAACCAGUCCCACUUGAUGCACCCCGCCAUGUUCUCCUCCCUUCCCCUGGGAGCCUACUAUGCCCCGGCCGCCGGUGGAGGUCACUCGGCCUUCGGAGGCGUUGGGGUUCCCCUGACCCCGGCUGCCCAGCAAUCCCUGUUGGCAGCCACCGGAGGAGCACCUGGCAGCCACCUGGCCACUCAGCCACACACAGCACCUGCUCAGGUGCCCGUGCAGAUGGCCCCGCGGCCCAAUCCUUCCGCCUGCUCCAUGGUCCAGCCACUCAACUGCCUGCCCCACCAGGAACUGAAUCACCUGUCGUCCAUCAAUCUCAACCUGCUGCGGAGCCCAGCGUCCUCGCUCUCAGCCAUCCAGGUCUUGCCAAGUGCCGAGGUGCCGAUCAAUAAAAAGACUACUUCUCCCAGAGACUCCGAGAAUAUAAAAAUUAAAAUACCAGAAAAGCGGAAAACAGAUGAUAAUGAUCAAAUAAAAGAACUAAAAAAAGCUAAGCUUGAGACAAAAGCAUUAAAGGCUAAGAGACCGGGAUUUACGGAUGAAAGAUAUCAAGAAACUUCCUACUAUAUGGAAAACGGCCUUCGCAAGGUAUACCCAUACUACUUCACAUUCACAACCUUCACAAAAGGCCGCUGGGUGGGCGAAAAGAUUUUGGAUAUAUUCUCUCGGGAGUUCCGAGCACAUCCUGCCGAGGAAUACGAGCGAUGUAUCCAAACAGGCACGUUGACAGUGAAUUUCGAGAAGGUACCCAUUGACUACCGGCUGAAACAUAACGAUCUACUGGCUAAUAUUGUUCACAGACACGAAGUUCCAGUGACUUGUCAACCAAUUAAAAUUGUGCAUAUGGAUGAGGACAUUGUAGUUGUAAAUAAGCCAGCAUCGAUACCUGUACACCCAUGUGGACGCUAUAGGCACAACACCGUAGUCUUCAUACUUGCCAAGGAGUUCAACCUCAAGAAUCUACGCACAAUUCACCGACUUGAUCGCUUGACAUCAGGGCUUCUAUUAUUUGGACGUAGUCCGAAAAAAGCCCGCCAAAUGGAACAGCAGAUCCGGAACAGACAGGUGGAAAAGGAAUAUAUCUGCAGGGUUGAGGGCGUAUUUCCAGAGGGUGUUGUGGAGUGUAAGGAACCCAUUGAAGUCGUCAGCUACAAGAUUGGCGUGUGCAAAGUAUCUCCAAAGGGCAAAGAUUGUACGACGACAUUUCAAAAGCUUUCCCAAAAUGGCACCACUAGUGUGGUACUUUGCAAGCCACUUACUGGACGAAUGCAUCAGAUAAGAGUGCAUUUGCAAUACCUAGGUUAUCCUAUUCUCAACGACCCACUCUACAACCACGAAGUCUUCGGUCCGCUAAAGGGAAGAUCCGGCGAUAUCGGUGGAAAGUCAGACGAUGAGCUUAUCCGAGAUCUCAUAAAUAUACACAACGCUGAGAACUGGCUGGGAAUAGACUGUGAUUCCGAUAUAUCCAUGUUCAAGACCACCAAGGACGAAGCAGAUCGGGAAAGUCUCAGCAGUGAGCACACUUCCGUCGUUCAUCACAGCGAUGAUGAUGGAGGCGUGAAUUCGCGGGAAACAACACCUCCAUGUACUGAAGCCCAGCAGCCAGAAAAUAGCGUUAAAAGUGUGGAACGCACUAGUUCAGUCAAGGAGUAUCCAGUUAGUGUACAGAAGUCUUCCACGGAAAUUUCCCCAGCUCUACUGGAUUCAAUAGAGAGCCCAUUGAGUGGAGUUGGAUGUAACGUUAACAAGGUCACAGUAGAUGAGCAUUGCUAUGAGUGCAAAGUGCACUAUCGCGAUCCGAAAUCAAAGGACCUUAUAAUGUAUCUGCACGCUUGGAAGUACAAGGGCCCUGGAUGGGAAUAUGAAACGGAGCUACCGAAUUGGGCUCGCAACGAUUGGGACCACUUAGACUCCGUAUGAGUACGCACAAUACUAAGUUUAUUAGAAACCAAACAGACCAAAAUCAACAAAAUUAUAUAUAUCAUAGUUAAAAAAUGUGCCUUUAAGAUUGGAUAGCAUGCGUACGCUUCAGUUAAUGCGUUAUACAAUAAUAUUUAUGUACACAAAGGCGUAGACAAUGCGUUUAGAUCGAUUGUAAAAUUAUAUACGCAUUCUAGAAUCCUAUAAAGUUCACAAUCAACCACAAAUAGGCUAAUGCAAGAGCUGAAAAGACGUGCAAAUAAAUUCGAAGCUUUUAUUACAAAUUAAUAGGUAUAUUUAUAUGUAUACAAGACAUGCACUUAUCUGAACUAAUGAUAUGUGAAAGGCAAUAUAUUAUAUUAUAAUCGGAAUAGACAACUUUAUAGAAAUUAGUUUGUAUGAGUGUAAAGCAAGAUCAUACACUGAAAAGUGGAUAUAAAUAAAAUUUUACAAAUGUUUCUUAGAAAA